GCAACCACCAGGUCGCCGGUUCCCGGUUCGGACCAGCCAGCGCUCCCCAGGAGUCUCAUUGGAACAGAACCAUGGGGCAUCCCCCACUGGAGUUCAGCGAUUGCUACCUGGACAGCCCCGAUUUCCGAGAGAGGCUCAAGUGUUAUGAACAGGAGCUGGAGAGGACCAAUAAAUUCAUCAAAGACGUGAUCAAAGACGGCAACGCGCUUAUCAGCGCUAUGAGAAAUUACUCUUCUGCUGUUCAGAAAUUUUCUCAGACACUACAGACAUUUCAGUUUGAUUUCAUUGGAGACACUCUGACUGAUGAUGAGAUUAACAUCGCUGAAUCCUUCAAGGAAUUUGCGGAAUUGCUCAAUGAAGUAGAAAAUGAGCGGAUGAUGAUGGUGCACAAUGCUAGUGAUUUGCUGAUAAAACCCCUGGAAAAUUUCCGGAAGGACCAAAUAGGCUUUACCAAGGAGCGGAAAAAGAAAUUUGAAAAGGAUGGUGAGAGGUUUUAUUCUUUGCUGGACCGGCACUUACAUCUGUCUUCCAAAAAGAAAGAGUCCCAGUUACAAGAGGCAGACCUUCAGGUGGACAAAGAGAGGCAAAAUUUCUUCGAGUCCUCCCUUGAUUAUGUUUAUCAAAUCCAGGAAGUUCAAGAGUCCAAGAAGUUCAAUAUCGUGGAGCCAGUCUUGGCCUUUCUUCAUAGCCUCUUCAUUUCUAACAGCUUGACUGUGGAGCUCACACAGGAUUUCCUCCCAUACAAACAGCAGCUCCAGCUCAGUUUGCAGAAUACAAGAAAUCAUUUCUCCAGUACCCGGCAAGAGAUGGAAGAACUUAAGAAAAGGAUGAAAGAAGCUCCACAGACGUGCAAACUUCCAGGACAGCCGACCAUUGAAGGCUAUCUCUAUACGCAAGAGAAAUGGGCUUUGGGAAUAUCCUGGGUGAAAUACUAUUGCCGGUAUGAGAAAGAGACCAAAACACUCACCAUGACACCUAUGGAGCAGAAGCCGGGUGCUAAGCAGGGGCCCUUGGACUUAACCCUGAAGUACUGCGUGAGAAGGAAGACGGAGUCUAUUGACAAGAGGUUCUGUUUUGAUAUAGAAACUAAUGAAAGGCCAGGAACCAUCACUCUGCAGGCCCUUUCAGAAGCUAACAGAAGGCUGUGGAUGGAAGCCAUGGAUGGGAAAGAACCUAUCUACCACAGCCCCAUAACGAAACAGGAAGAAAUGGAGCUGAAUGAGGUGGGGUUCAAGUUUGUUAGGAAGUGCAUCAAUAUCAUUGAGACCAAAGGGAUCAAGACGGAGGGCUUGUACCGCACUGUGGGCAGCAAUAUUCAGGUUCAGAAGCUGCUGAAUGCAUUUUUUGAUCCCAAAUGCCCAGGAGAUGUUGAUUUUCAUAAUAGUGACUGGGACAUUAAGACAAUCACCAGCUCCUUGAAGUUCUACCUCAGGAAUCUCUCUGAACCUGUCAUGACCUAUAGACUCCACAAAGAGCUGGUCUCUGCUGCUAAAUCUGACAACCUGGAUUACCGACUGGGAGCUAUUCACUCCCUGGUAUAUAAGCUACCAGAAAAGAACCGAGAGAUGCUGGAACUUCUGAUAAGACACUUGGUCAAUGUGUGUGAGCACAGCAAAGAGAAUCUUAUGACCCCCUCCAACAUGGGGGUGAUCUUUGGGCCCACCCUGAUGAGAGCUCAGGAGGAUACUGUGGCCGCCAUGAUGAACAUCAAGUUCCAGAACAUUGUAGUGGAAAUCCUAAUUGAGCACUUUGGCAAGAUCUAUUUAGGUCCACCUGAGGAAAGUGCUGCACCCCCAGUGCCUCCGCCUCGGGUGACAGCAAGAAGGCACAAACCAAUCACGAUUUCGAAGCGCUUGCUGCGGGAAAGGACUGUUUUCUAUACUCCUUCGAUGGAUGAAAGUGAAGAUGAAAUCCAACAUCAAACACCAAAUGGUACUAUUACCAGCACCGUAGAACCGCCCAAGCCAUCACAACAUCCCAAACUACCCAUUCAGAGAAGUGGAGAAGCUGAUUCUGGGAGGAAGUCCCCAAGCAGGCCUGUUUCAGAUGGCAAGUUGGAGCCCUGCCCUGAGGUGGAUGUGGGAAAGUUUGUGUCUAGGCUACAGGAUGGAGGGAGCAAGGCCACCCCAAAGGCCACCAAUGGACCCGUUCCAGGCUCUGGGCCUACCAAAACCACCUCUUUCCACAUAAAGAGACCAGCUCCACGGCCCCUGGCUCCCCACAAGGAGGGGGAUGCUGACAGUUUCAGCAAAGUGCGGCCUCCAGGAGAAAAGCCAACCAUCAUCCGUCCCCCAGUGAGGCCCCCAGACCCUCCCUGCCGGGCGGCUACUCCCCAGAAGCCAGAACCAAAGGCAGAUAUUGUGGCUGGCAGUGCAGGGGAAAUCCCAUCAUCCAUGGUGGCUUCCAGGACCAGGUUUUUUGAAACGGCUUCCCGGAAAACAGGAAGUUCUCAAGGCAGACUUCCUGGAGAUGAGAGUUGAGGCCACAGGUUCUAAAAGCCUUGGCCUUGGGGGACCCUUUCCAGAGGGGUGUGCAGAGUCAUUUUGUGCUGAAGAGCAGCUCCUUUCUGGCCCUGCACCUUCAGGCUCUGGGAGGCCAUAAAAUAAGAGGCACGUGUUCUAGACACAUGUCUAUUUCUCCUUUAUAUUCUGUCUUCAUCCCCUCAGAAGGUCUAUCUUGAGCUCCUGUAACACUGUGAAUGGCUGGACUCCCUCAAUUGAGACUCUGCUGAGACCAAGAUAUUCACUGACCUGAGUUGAAGAGGGAAAGCCAGUUUUCAGCUCUUCUGUGAACUUCCUGCUUCCUUAAAAGGCCAUCAAACUCUGAAAGAUUUGGGGCAGAAGACCAAUCUCAGGGGUUUACCCUGAAGUAAAUGCCACUUGAGUUGGGGCCAUUGCUUGCCUGGUUGAAGAGGAGUAGGAAUGUUUGCCAAACAUUGGAGAAUCUUAACAUGUCUCUUACUGAGGAUAUGGACACUGGUGCCAGACUGGCACUCUGAUGCUGCAAUAUAUUGCCAAGAGUCUGUCUGCUCCCGGGGGGCCAGACAGCAUGGUGAUGCCCCAUAAGCCCUCCAUGUGGACUUUAGAAGAUGGUUUUUGCAUACAGCUACUUAGGACAAAUCUACAAAGCACAUUUUGUAUGUCAAAUCCUAGAUCUAUUUGGAUUAUUCUUCCUCCUGUUUUCUCUCGACAGCUUCCUUUAAAAGCAAUCAAGAAAAAAACAAAAGCUCAAAAUAUUUCUUUAAAAAAGACGGACUGUAUUUGUCCUGUAGGAGUUCCAUUUUUGGGUCAAAUGCUGGGAAAAAUUGUUAAGAUGGAUUGAAGCCAGGCAGCUAUCACUGUUGCUUCAUGUUUGCCUUCUGCAGAUAAGCUCUUUUAUCUCCUGAAAGAGGUAGUUCUUAACCCACUGUCCAUGGAUUCAGAAACUCCCUGAUGCCCCUGAGAUGGUAUGCAGAAUUCCAUGACAAUAUGCCUUUUCUGGGGAGAUAGUCUAUAACAUUUUACUGAAUUUCAAAUGGGCCUGUGAGCCAAUAAAGAUUAAGAACCACAGCCCUUGAGAUAAAAGACUCUUUUUACAACCCAUAAAGUAUUUGAUGUAAAGGGCCUUUCCAAAUUAUUUAGCCUAACUGCCUAGUUUAGAGUUGGGGAAACUGAGGCAGAGAAAGUUAACAGCCACACCAGGUCAAGAUCCCAGGUUCCUGGGAUCCGGUGCAAAGUUCUUUCCAUCACACCAUACUUAUCUUUCAAGGGGACUUAUGG